UGAAGCCACUUUCAAUAACACGGAAAUCGAUAAAUUGAUAUCGAAUUGAAAUGUAAACAAAGCUAUCUAUUGGAAUUCAAUUUCAGGAGGCGAGUAUGACCACCAGUGCGCCGCAUCCCACCUACGUGAUCCUGGGCUCCGGUGGACACACGGCCGAGAUGUGCCGGCUGACCCAGGCGCUGCUGCAGCAGCAGGACAGCCAGCAGGCGGAGAAGUACCAGCCCAUUCGCCUGAUCCUGGCCAGCAGCGACUCCACCUCCGAGCGCCAGUUCAGGCAGGCCCUGCCCCUGGAGUCCCUGGCGGAAUUCGUGAAGGUGCCGCGCAGUCGGAGCGUAGGCCAAGCCUGGCUGAGCACCAUCUUCACCAGCCUGUGGGCGCUCAUCUGGAGCUGCUACCUGGUGUGGCGAGAUCGCCCCCAGCUGAUACUCUGCAAUGGACCCGGCACCUGCGUGCCCUUCUGCUACGCCGCCUACUUGUGGCGUCUCCUCGGACGCCUGCCCUCGCACUCCAGGAUAGUGUUCGUGGAGAGCUUCUGCCGCGUGGAGACGCUCUCCUUGAGCGGACGCCUGCUCCUGCCGCUGGCCGAUCUUUUCGUGGUCCACUGGCCGGCGCUGGCCACACGCUACGCGGACAGAAAGAACCUGCGGUAUUUCGGGCGCAUCUUAUAACACUUCUUUUUAUUCACAGAACAAUAAAUGAAAAUUCAACUUUAAACAUUAAAGGAUACAAAGAUAUAAAUAUAA